AUGGUCACCCUGGUGGGCGUCUUCUGGGGCUACAUCAUUCACGGCAUCGUCCACACAGAAGCUAGUGCUCAGGAAGAAGUCCUGAGGGACCUCGACGACUCGGACUACGCUGUCCCCAACUUGGUGUUUCUCACGGAACGGUCCAGGCGUCGCCGGCUACGAACGCCCGUCGUGGUCCUGAGACGACACCAGCCGCACAAUGCAUCGCAGACGCCUUCACUGCUGACUCGGCGCCUGAACAGAACGCGGACCUUCCGGCCUCGGCGGCGCGCCAAGACCACGCGCAAGCCCGUGUUCCAAUGGCGUUCCAAGGUCCUCGUGAGCCCCGAGGCGACGUCCGUGACCGACAGCACUGGCAGGCCACCGUCGGCGGCCGAGGAGGAGUCCGCUUCGCCGUCCCUGCCGCCUCCCGAGGUGACCUCCGGAGACAGCAACAGUGGAGGUGGCGAGAACGCCCUGUUUCCUGGCGAUGACGUCGAAGUCGGCAUCAGCGACGGCUCGAGAGAGACCGACUCUUCAAGCGGGCGAGGUGGACUUCUGGACCCUCAGGUGACCAUCGGAGACGCGUCCGACAACGACACAUCGUUGAUCGGCAACAAAACCGAGGUCACCCACUUCGCUGGACACGUGGUGGACAACAAUGGCACGUGGCAGGACAACUCGACUGGCGUAGGAACGCCGCAAGAUUCGUCACGCGAAUCUUCGGCCGACAAUUAUGAAGAUGACCGCAGUGACCCCGAUGGCACGGAGGAGGUCGUCUCUUCAAACGCCUUGCUGAGCGAGGACGAUGAACGGGCAGCAAAGGACGCUGUUGACCCCGAAGGGCGAAAUGACUCGUUGCAUCCCGCCCCAGUCGGCGAAGGGGCAAGAAAUGAUAGUUUAGCGAUGAACGUGACGAUAACGCUGAAGGUGAAUGUGGCAGCGAAUAUGUCUGAGGCGGUGGAGACUGUGGAAGGAGUCGUUAACGCCACCGAAACAGACUAUUACGACUAACGGUGUGCGUUAGAGAGCACUUAUUCUUGCCUGUGCUCAUUUCAUCAUCUUCCGUUGAUGAAAUUUCGUAUACCAUAAUGUCGAAUCAUUCAUCUUAUGUGUAUUGCCGCUACCACUCAUUAAACGUUUUUUUUCCCUUCCUUCUUUUUACUUCAGAUUUUCGCAGCUAUUGUACAGCCUCUCAGUCAAUUUUGUGGAGCUCGGUGAAUACAUCCGCCGUUUCGAUUAAAUCGUUUCCAUAAUUUUCCCCUUUGUCAUCACCAGAAUUAGGGGACAUUUGCAUGUAGCGUCAUCUCUGUGUCAAAGUUUGCUGUGCCACCCUUAUAAAAUGGCCAUAACGUUACCAGGCGAACAGAUGUUCUACUCUGUAAACAUAUGUAGACAUUUUAUACGCAUUCACAUAUUUAGAAAGCAUUGGAAAUAGGAGACCUUGUUCAUACUUGAGUAACAAUGCC